AUGGGCUUGCGAGCCUUUCGUGAGAGAAUUUUCAACAAUGUGGAGAAUGAAAAAAGCUCCAACAACCACGAUGAAAUUUCCUUGCUACUACUUGGACCAUCAGGGGCAGGUAUUAGCACCAUUCUCAAACAAUUGAAAUUAAUGAACAUGCAUCAACGACGGUACACUCUUCAAAAUUUGAGUUCUUACUCCGUUCAGUCACAAGAAGAAUCGUCAUCGGUCAAGAAUGCAAUUUAUGAAAAUGUUUUACAUACUACCAAGCGUAUUCUAAGAGAAAUAAUGAUAGAACAACCGAAUUCAUCACGAAUCUUAUUUAGAAUUACAUUCGAACAUGAGGAGAAUAUUGAGAGAGCGAAAAUCCUGUAUCAAUCAUUGAGAAACUUUACAACAAAAUGGUUGAGCUCAAAUUCUUCGAUCCAACAACAACAACCGCCCUUAUGGACUCCUGAAAUUGUGAACCACAUUCAACAUGUAUACAAUGAUUCGAGCUUGCAACAAUGGAUCAAAGACUCUCACCACAGAUCAUACAUGGUUCCCAAAAUUUCUGAAUCGGAUCUCUAUUUCUUUUCACAUUUAAAUCGAAUCACAGACGAAAGUUUCACUCCUACACUUGAGGAUUUUCUACAUGCAGGAACAAAGAUAAAUGGAAUUGAUGAAGUGAGCGUUACAUUCAAAAAUUCAUUAGUGAAGAUUAUUGAUCCUAAUCAAGCGGGUACUGAACAGAGAAAAUGGAUCGAUAUUUGUUUCCAAAGCGAAAUAGACGCCAUUAUUUUCGUCAUUCCCAUAAGCGAGUUUAAUUAUGGGCUAUUGGAUAGUGAUAUCAAUGGCCCAAUUCAUGAAGCGUUAUGGAUGAUGGAAGCUUUGUUUCGAAACAAUAAUUCUUGUAAAUCUCUUCCAAUUUAUUUGCUAUUCAACAAGAUGGAUUUAUUCAAAGAGAUACUCCCAAGUUAUUUUAAAGCUAAUCUUAACUUUAGGAGUUUCUAUCCUUAUUCCUAUCAAAAAGGCCCGUGUGUUUCAGACAUUGCAUACUUUAUAGUUUCACUUUUUCAACAGGCACUGUCAAGAAUACACCAGAAUGAAACAACAUUAACGGGAGAUUUUAAGAGUCAAAAACAUGACAGAGUGAACGAAGAAAUGACAGACGGUUUUUAUGAAUUUACUAAUGCACUGGAUCCACUACAGAUACAAAGGACCUUUGAGGCCAUCUCCAAACAUGUCCAAAUGAUAAAAGGUCUCCCUCACCAGAGAAAACAUACACCUUCUCGUAACCGUUAA